GGGGCGGGGAGGGAGCGGCCGGCGGGCGGCGGGCACGGGCGGCACGAGCAGGUGGGAGCCGCCGAGGGGCGAGGCCGCCCGCGGGGGCGCCAGGCGGCGGGCACUGCGCCGCGCCCCUAUCCGCGGUGCGCGCUCGCAGUGCGUACCGGGCGUCCUCGACUCCCGCGCGCCCAGCCUGCUCGGGCCCUACCUGCGGCGGCCGUCGGGGGCGCGGAGCCCCCAGCGCUGCCGAGCCGCAUGAACAAUAGGCGGCGGCGGCUCCCGCGGGCGGCCGCCCCGCACCCUAUGGACCGGCCGCUCCAUGGAGUCCUCCAGAUCGCUUCUCGGCUGCCUGGCGAGCGCCGCUGCUGCCGCCCCGCCGGGGGAGGAUGCCACGGGCGCUGGGGCCGAAGAGGAGGAGGACGAGGAGGAGGCGGCGGCCGAGCUGGGAUCUCACGCCGCGUUGCCCUACUGGACGGCUGUAUUCGAGUACGAGGCGGCGGGCGAGGACGAGCUGACCCUGCGGCUGGGCGAUGUGGUAGAGGUGCUGUCCAAGGACUCUCAGGUAUCCGGCGAUGAGGGCUGGUGGACCGGACAGCUGAACCAGCGGGUGGGCAUCUUCCCCAGCAACUACGUGACCCCGCGCAGCGCCUUCUCCAGCCGAUGCCAGCCGGGCGCGGAGGACCCCAGCUGCUACCCGCCCAUUCAGCUGUUAGAGAUUGAUUUUGCGGAGCUGACCCUGGAGGAGAUCAUCGGCAUUGGAGGCUUUGGGAAAGUUUAUCGUGCUUUCUGGGUGGGCGAUGAGGUGGCCGUGAAGGCGGCUCGUCAUGACCCUGACGAGGACAUCAGCCAGACCAUAGAGAAUGUUCGCCAAGAGGCCAAGCUCUUUGCCAUGCUGAAGCACCCGAACAUCAUUGCCCUCAGAGGGGUGUGCCUGAAAGAACCCAACCUCUGCUUGGUCAUGGAGUUUGCUCGUGGAGGGCCUUUGAACAGAGUAUUGUCUGGGAAGAGGAUUCCCCCAGACAUCCUGGUGAACUGGGCUGUGCAGAUCGCCAGAGGGAUGAACUACCUACACGAUGAGGCGAUCGUACCCAUCAUCCACCGAGACCUUAAGUCCAGCAACAUAUUGAUCCUGCAGAAAGUGGAGAAUGGAGACCUGAGUAACAAGAUUCUGAAGAUCACCGACUUUGGACUGGCGCGGGAAUGGCACCGGACUACCAAGAUGAGUGCAGCGGGAACAUAUGCUUGGAUGGCGCCUGAAGUCAUCCGUGCUUCCAUGUUUUCCAAAGGCAGCGAUGUGUGGAGCUAUGGAGUACUGCUUUGGGAACUGUUGACUGGCGAGGUGCCCUUCCGGGGCAUUGAUGGCUUAGCAGUGGCUUACGGUGUGGCUAUGAACAAACUCGCCCUUCCCAUCCCUUCUACGUGUCCAGAGCCUUUCGCCAAGCUCAUGGAAGACUGCUGGAAUCCUGACCCCCACUCACGUCCAUCUUUCACGAGUAUCCUGGACCAGCUAACGACUAUAGAAGAGUCUGGUUUCUUUGAGAUGCCCAAGGACUCCUUCCACUGCCUGCAGGAUGACUGGAAACAUGAGAUUCAGGAGAUGUUUGACCAACUCAGGGCCAAAGAAAAGGAGCUCCGAACCUGGGAGGAGGAGCUGACACGGGCUGCGCUCCAGCAGAAGAACCAGGAGGAGUUGCUUCGGCGUAGGGAGCAGGAGCUGGCUGAACGGGAGAUCGACAUCCUGGAACGAGAGCUCAAUAUCAUUAUCCACCAGCUGUGCCAGGAAAAGCCCAGGGUGAAGAAACGCAAGGGCAAGUUCAGGAAGAGCCGACUGAAACUCAAGGAUGGCAACCGCAUCAGCCUCCCCUCCGAUUUCCAGCACAAGUUUACGGUGCAGGCCUCCCCAACCAUGGAUAAAAGGAAGAGUCUGAUCAGCAACCGAUCAAGUCCUCCUGCAAGCCCCACCAUCAUCCCUCGCCUUCGAGCCAUCCAGUUGACACCUGGUGAAAGCAGUAAAACCUGGGGCCGGAGCUCAGUGGUUCCGAAAGAGGAAGGGGAGGAAGAGGAGAAGAGGGCCCCAAAGAAGAAGGGCCGGACAUGGGGACCAGGAACACUUGGGCAGAAAGAGCUCACAUCAGGAGAUGAAGGCCUCAAGUCCCUGGUAGAUGGAUACAAGCAGUGGUCAUCCAGUGCCCCCAACCUGGGGAAGGGCCCGAGGAGUAGUCCCGCCCUGCCUGGGUUCACCAGCCUUAUGGAGAUAGAGGAUGAAGAUAGUGAAGGCCCAGCAAGUGGAGAGAACCAUCUACAGCAUUCACCCAACCAGUCCUACCUCUGUAUCCCAUUUCCUCGUGGAGAGGAUGGGGAUGGCCCCUCCAGUGACGCAGUUCAUGAGGACCCCACCCCAGUCAACUCAGCUACCAGUACCCCUCAGCUGACGCCGACCAACAGCCUCAAGCGCGGCGGGGCCCACCACCGGCGCUGUGAGGCGGCGCUGCUCGGAUGUGGAGCUGUUCUGGCAGCCACAGGCCUAGGGUUUGACCUGCUGGAAGCUGGCAAGUGUCAGUUGCUUCCCCCAGAAGAACCUGAGCUACCAGCCCGGGAGGAGAAGAAGAGGCGUGAGGGUCUUUUCCAAAGGGCCAGCCGCCCUCGCCGGAGUACCAGCCCCCCCUCCCGAAAGCUCUUUAAGAAGGAAGAGCCAAUGACGUUGCUGGGAGACCCCUCUGCCUCCUUGACCCUGCUGUCUCUCUCCUCCAUCUCUGAAUGCAACUCUACCCGCUCCCUACUGCGCUCUGACAGUGAUGAGAUUGUGGUGUAUGAAAUGCCAGUCAGCCCAGUUGAAGCUCCACCCCUAACCCAAUGCACCCACAACCCCUUGGUUAAUGUCCGAGUGGAGCGCUUCAAGAGAGACCCCAACCAGUCCCUGACUCCCACCCAUGUCACCCUCACAGCUCCCACGCAGUCUAGUGGUCACAGGCGGACUCCUUCUGAUGGGGCACUUAAGCCAACAGCAGCCCCUGCAGCACUAGGCAGCAGGAGCCCCUCCAGCAACGGAAUGAGUCCCAGUCCUGGAACAGGCAUGUUGAAAACUCCCAGUCCCAGCCGAGACCCAGGUGAAUUCCCCCGUCUCCCUGACCCCAAUGUGGUCUUUCCCCCAACUCCAAGGCGCUGGAACACACAGCGAGACUCUACCUUAGAGAGACCCAAGACCCUGGAGUUUCUGCCUCGGCCACGUCCUUCUGCCAACCGGCAGCGGUUGGACCCUUGGUGGUUUGUGUCCCCCAGCCAUGCCCGCAGCGCCUCCCCAGCUAACAGCUCCGGCACAGAGACACCCAGCAACCUGGACUCCUGCUUUACCAGCAGCAGCAGUACUGUAGAAGAGCGGCCUGGACUUCCAGCCCUGCUCCCUUUACAGGCAGGGCCACUGCCCCCUGCUGAGCGGACGCUUCUGGACCUGGACGCCGAGGGGCAGAGCCAGGAUAGCACUGUGCCCCUAUGCAGAGCUGAACUGAAUGCACAUGGGCCUUCCCCAUAUGAGAUCCAACAGGAGUUCUGGUCUUAGUGUAAAAAGGGUCAGGGUGGGCACGGGAGAAGUUGGAGGAGGCGGAGAGAGCUGGCUGGCACAGCCCGGUCUCAGGGCCCCUGGGAUCCAGACCUCCUCCUUGCACUGAGAAUGCACUUUGAAGAUGGAAGGGAUGGGAGCAGGGCCACUUCAGAGGGUUUCCUGCCCUGCAGGAUCUUUUCUCCUUGGUCACUAGAGGGGCUGUGUCAGCUCUGUCUGUGUAGAGAGGGGUGUGUGCAUAUGCCCCCACCCUCUGGUCUUCCUUGUCUUUAGGGUGACACUGCAGAGUCAUUCAGCCAAAUCUGUCUACUGCCUCUCCUCCUCAGCCAGCCUGAGCUGUCCUGGGUUCCCUUUGUCAGCCCUGAGUCCUACCUGUUCACACACCUGUACAGAUGUUCUGUGAUUGAUCUGAUUUAUCAUCUAUUCUUCCCACGACUCAGUGUCACCUUUGGUAA